AUGAUCCCAGAUGUGCAGCUCACCAUCUUCACCGACAUGUUGGGUGUGUCGCUCUUUUUGCUUGUCGUUCUCUAUCACUAUGUGGCGGCCAACAAUCCCAAGAAGCAAGAAUGA